ACUCUCGACGCGGAAGUGCGCGAGACGCACAGAUUUAGCGACGCACCGAGAUUCCGCGAUACAUUCAUUUUAAAAAAUGUAUAUAUUUGAACCGUUCCCGCAGUAACAUAUUAAAAGUUCACCUUCAACACACCGUCAACAAUGACGAAUGCCAAUUUACAGAAAGCCAUUGAUUUGGCCAGCAGAGCCUCUGAGGAGGACAAGGCCAAAAACUACGAGGAAGCUCUGCGCCUCUAUCAGCAUGCAAUCCAGUAUUUUCUUCAUGUGGUAAAAUAUGAAGCUCAGGGCAAAAAGGCCAAGCAGAGCAUCAGAGCGAAGUGUGCCGAGUAUCUGGACCGAGCGGAGCAGCUCAAGCAGUACCUGAAGAAGAAAGAGAGCGCGCCGCCCUCCAAACCAGUCAAAGUUCCCCAGUCUGACGAUAAAGGGACUGACAGUGAUGACGGCGAUGCAGAGAAAAAGAAAUUCCAAAGUCAACUCCAAGGUGCUAUUGUCAUGGAGAAACCCAACAUUAAGUGGGACGAUGUUGCUGGUUUGGAAGGAGCCAAAGAGGCCCUUAAAGAAGCGGUCAUCCUGCCAAUCAAAUUCCCUCAUCUUUUCACUGGGAAACGCACUCCCUGGAGAGGGAUUCUGCUCUUUGGUCCUCCAGGAACAGGAAAGUCCUACCUGGCUAAAGCAGUGGCUACCGAGGCCAACAACUCCACCUUCUUCUCCAUCUCGUCAUCAGACCUGGUGUCCAAGUGGCUGGGAGAGAGCGAGAAGUUAGUGAAGAAUCUGUUCAGUUUGGCUCGGGAGCACAAGCCUUCAAUCAUCUUCAUCGAUGAGAUCGACUCCAUGUGUGGCUCCAGAAACGAGAACGAGAGCGAAGCGGCCCGCAGGAUCAAGACUGAGUUUCUGGUCCAGAUGCAAGGUAAACGCAAAGCUAGCGAUAGCUUUGUCGCAAGAGCAAAUUUGGCGCUGUCUGAGUCUCAUUUGACAGGGUUGUUAUAAUUUUGUAUAUAAUAUAAUAUAAUAUAUGAAUAUAAUAUAUAUUUUUUUGUUUAUUUUCUUAUGUAGGUUCAAUACUAGGGCUGUGCGAUUAAUCAAAAUCGUCAUAAAAUCACGAUUUGAGCGUGCACGAUUUCUAAAUCGCUUUACAGCAC